AUGGAAUCGGACGAGGAUGCUAGCGAUGUGUACGAUGAGAUUGAUCAACACCACAUGACAUUGGAUAUGUCGUCGGAUGAGGAGCGCCAACAUGCCCGGCAACGAAAGCCCCGUCGUCCGGAAGAGGUGCUUAACGUUGAAGGUGAUUCAUCCGAGCCUGAUAACAACGAUGAUGAUGACGAUGCGAGCAGCAGCAGCGGAGCUUUUUCGGAUUCCGAUUCUGACAACGAUGAUGAUGAUGAUAAUAUCGAAAAAUGUAAGAACUUAUUCGAUGAAGUGGUGGCACCGGAGGAAGAUACUGUUUGUGACCUCAGCGAGUUGCCUGAUAUAAGUAAAAUGACCGAGCAAGAGCAACUACAGUAUUUUUUGAAAGUUAAUCCAGAAUUCAAACAAAUAUUGGAGGAAUAUCAGCAAAAAGUAUGGUUUUUUUCUUUAUUUUGA